AGUUUCCGGGCGAGAGUCGCGCAGUCCGCCAGCGCCGCGACGCGACUCCGUCUCUCGUUAGAUAGUCAAUUCGAAUCUAUCAUCAUGCUGAUAGGACUCGUCCGGGACUCGGUGAUGCAGUGUUUCUGCCACUCAUGCCGUGCACCCGUAUUACCGGCAGCGACUGAAAUCCGCUGCCAGGAAAUGUCGAAGGGUGGUCUCGCGUACGAGGUGAUCCUAGCCGAGCCCGUGGGAGUGCCGGCGCCGCGCCGUCCCGACUCCCCGGAGAAGACGCCCUCCGUCGAGGAGAUACAGGAGAAGCUCAAGGCCGCCGAGGAGAGGAGACGUAGUUUGGAAGCGAGCAGAAUGGCAGCGAUCGCACAGAAGAUGGCGAGGAUCGAGGAGGCGUCCCGCAUCCGCAUGGAGCAGACGAACAGCUUUAUCAGCACCACCAAGGAGGCGCUCGACGCCAAGAUGGAGACGCACGAGGAGAAACGCGAGGCGUACAUAAACGAGCUGCGCGCCAGGCUCAAGGAUCAUCUGGAGGGUGUCGAGAAAACCAGACUGACGCUGGAGCAGCAGACGGCUGAGGUGUACAAGGCGAUCGAGGAAAAGAUGGCCACCGCCGCGGACAAGCGCGACGAGAACAUCAAGAAGAUGCUGGAGCGGCUCCGUGAACAUGAGGAGCAGGUGAAGAAAGUGCGCGCUGGCAAUCAGGAGCGAUUCCAACAGCUGGAAGCCGCCAUACAGGACAAGCUGCAACACGCCGCCGACCGCCGCGUACAGCUGGAGGCCGAACAGAAGGAGAAACUGCGCAAUUAUGUGAGUGUUAUACAUAUACUGUAUCAUCCAGGUCUGCAGCUGGAGGCCGAACAGAAGGAGAAACUGCGCAACUAUAACUCUAAAUUGGCGGAAGCUCGUUCGUCCAUCACCGCCAAGGUCGAGGAGAUGACUAAAGAUAUCGAGACAAAACUCACCGCUGCCGAAAUCAACCGCGAGAAGGAGAUGCAGAGAAAACUGGACUUUGUUAAAAAGGAGGAGCGACGCGCAGAAUUAGUGCGACAAAACAAGAGCGCACGCGCCGACAGCGACGCGCCGCCCGCCUCCGGGUAAACGCCGCGCCACGCUCACUACCGCCCGGACACUGCGCCUCUACUGCAUACCGUCAUCCACACAUUAUAUACUGGAGCAUCAUCCUACCCACCGUGCCGACCACCCGACCCGACAUCGACGUACGGCCGGCUGGCAUAAAGGAAUUACUACCCUUGGAACCAGUGAUGCCCGACUAUCGAUAUUAAGAGAACAUUAUACCGAUUUUAUAUCGAGUCCUAAGUAAAACACCUAAUUGCUUAGUGAGAAAAACCGAUUAUUGUAUUUAUUGAUCGAUCGUUUGCUGGCUGUGUAGGAGUAGUUAAAAAUUUAACAGAUAUAUUGAGAAUCAAAUACACCAAUUAUAGCAUCUUGUGAAAUUCUCUUGAAAUGGUUUUAUGUUGCCGAGUUGUGUUCGAUAAAUAGUCUCGAUAGUCGCUCAUCACUCCUCGAAACAAUCGAAUCUGUGUAUUCUAUGUUUCGAAAUAUCGAAAAUGUUUGUAUUUAAAGUAUAAAACAAUGAUUCAACAUUUUAACAUAUCCAUCCCCCAUGCGAGGUGGAUAGCGCGAUUUAGUCGUAGUCCUGGGUACAAAAAAUAAUAUGCUUCAAAUACACGCAAAAUAUAUAUUAGGUGUAUAAAUGUGCAUGGAUGUUUGUGAAGUCGAAGUGGCCGGGCGACCGGCUCGGGCUGUGCUGGCGGAUAGAGCGUCGGUGUUGCCACGUUAUAAAUAUACAGGGCUAUUUGUAAAAAUAGGUACAACGGCAGCCUUGAACGACUAAACAGCUAACACAUAAACGGCAGCAUUUUAUCUACAAGUUUUAACAUGACUCAAUACUUAGAACAAAAAAAUGAAUUUACAAGCUUUUAUUGUACUGUAGUGACCUUUAUUCAUAAACGAAAUGUCGUCAUUUCGAAACGUUCGUGCGCUGUUACUGAUGCUCGUAAAGUUAUAACGACAAAUUCAAUUAAAUUUUAUUUUUAUAUGAAAGUAAAAUAUAACGAUUAAUCCAAUUUCAUAGCUAGCGUGUCAUUUAUGAUAUUAGCUGCCGCAGGUUGUUGGUGUCUUGCAAAUAACCCUGUAUAAGUACUGAAAAUAAUAAAAUGUGUUUUACCUAUUUAAUCGCCCCGGCGCAAUAUCCGACACCAAAUGAAUUCCUUAGUUAUAUCGUGCUUUAAGAAUUAACCCAAAUUGUUAUUUUUCACUGGUACAUAGCAACAUUGCUGACACCUUUUAAAUAUGGCCUAUUUUUAUUAACAUUUAGUCAUGUAUUAUAAAUUUUUAGCCCAUUUCUAAUAUUUCAAUGAACAAAUAAAAACAUUAGAAAUAUUAAAAACGGGAGUUAUGGGGUUCUGUAUCACGUAUUCUUGCCAGAAAUAUUACCGGAAAUUGUGAUGAUUUACAAAUAGUACGGUGUCGAUGCAAUACUAGCUCGAGUUGUGACGUGUAAGGUACGGAAUCCCCGGAUAGGGAAGAUUGUUUUUAAAAAAUUAUUGUAAGCGGGCGGAACGAAGUGGUCCCGAUGAGGCGAACGGAUGCGAAUCCCUUAUCGCUAGUUAUAGACUUAUAUCAUUAUUUUUAAUAUCUAACAUAACACAACAGUAUUUUAGGAAUGUAUAAUCUAAAUUUAAGUUUGUCUCGUUCAUAGAUCGCCAUUUCGCUGUCGAUUGAUCAUUGUCAUUAUUAUUAUCUUUAUGAUUUCUUUCGUGUGUGCGUUGUCGAUUUGUUGGAAUGUCAUGUCGCGGGUCUGUGGCUGCAUUAUUAUUAUAGUACGAGUGUCGCCGCCCCGAAUCCGAAUCUCGAAGCCCGCGAAUCGUUGUUUGGCGCUAGUUAUCUUAAAUCUCAUAUCUGUCUGUGACACGUCACAUGUUCUAGCAUACACUUAAAUAAAAAAAAAAUUAAAUAUAAGUCGUUUAUAUCACUUCCUUUUAUGAUCUCAAAUUGAUAAAAUAAAAAUGAACGGAAAGGUAGUUAACAUCGGAAGUGCCUCAGUAUGUAACGAUAGAUCGAUACCUCGAAUGAUAUCAAUAAAAUAGUAAAACGAACAAACUGCCUUUGAUAGCGUUUUAUAUUUAAUUAUGACGACGUGUGUGGGAGACGUACCGCUUCUGUGAUGUUAGGCACAAAUUAUACGCAUCUGUCGGGUAGCAGCGGCGAGUUACGCGGGUUAGUCGCGCUAACGUUAAGUGAGAGUAUUCCUGUAUUUUAUAGUAUAUUUUUGCCAUUGAUUUAGCGUCGGUCUGUUUUAACGUGGGAGAUAAUUAUAAAUGUAUAUAAGAGAACGACCUGUUGCUUGGCGGAGCGGCUUGCCUGCUUCCACUCGAUGUACGCUGGUGCAAGGGGACUAGACGUAAGUUUAUAGCUUGUUUCUCGGUGAAGACGUGUUAACCUCUGACCAAUUUGCCUUGGGUAUUGUGUAGCCUUUUAGAUUAUCACGAUCGAGACUAAUCAUGUAUAGCGAUGCAAAGUAUAGCUUAUCAGAAUUAUUAUUAUUAUAUGUUUUUCGUAAUUUUUGCGUAAUGUUAGUACUCCUAUUCUCUUAUAAAGGAUUUUUUGUCGUUAAUUUAUGUAUUUUAUGUGAUGAUUAAUGUGCUUCAGUUUGUGAGGUACCUAUAUGGAAAUUGCUGUUCGAAGUGCAGGCAACUUUUGUAGUUUCAUUGUCGUAAUGAAUAAAGUCAUAAAUACUAAUA